AAUAUUCACCCAAAAAAAAGUUUUUGACAGGAAAUAGUGGCAGUACCAGUUCUAAUAAUUUAUUAUAUCUUUCCCAUGUUCAGUAAGUUCCAUACAUUAUUAUCAAAAACUUCACGGAGUGUGACAUUUCUUUGGCUUUUGCUUAUGUUAGACACUGCAAUUUCUGCAAACUCAAUAUAAUUUUUUUUUUCCUCCAUCUUCUUAGUAACCAAACCUUUAAUAACCAUUCUUCCUUCCUUCCUAAUCUCAUAAAUACUAAAGCUUUUUGUUCUCUGCAACUUCCUUUUUAGCUUCUUUGGACUAAGCUUUUUUUUUUUUUCGAAGACCUGGUUGAUUUGGUGAACCAAAACAACAGAGGCUAAACUGUAGUUGGUCACCAUCUCUGUUUUUUUCUCUCUGCUUUCUCAGCUCUUUUCCUACACCAUGAACACGUAGAAAAACCCCAGCAUGCGCAAAUCAUUACAUCAAAAUUUCAAGAAAACAUGAGCUCGUAUACCAAAAAUCUCCAUUUCUGGUGGAAGGUUGCUUCGUUUUUCGUUCUUCUAAUCCUUCGCUCGCUCGCUCUCAACUCAGACGGUGUGUUCCUGCUUGCUUUCAAAUACUCCAUCUUGAGCGACCCAUUGUUGGUCUUGGAAAACUGGAACUACAACGAUGUAACACCUUGUUCAUGGAGAGGAGUUACUUGCACUGAAAUCGGAUUUCCCGGAACUCCGGACAUGUUCAGGGUCACCGGUUUGGUCCUACCAAACAGUCAGCUUCUGGGUUCGAUCGCUGCAGACCUUGGUAAGAUCCAGCACCUUCGUAAUCUUGAUCUCUCUAACAAUUUCUUCAAUGGGUCUUUGCCCAGUUCCAUUUUCAAUGCCUCGGAGCUUCAGGUGCUUUCUCUCUCUAACAAUGUUAUCUCUGGUGAGCUGCCUGAGUCUGUGGGUGGGUUAGCAAGUCUUCAGGUGUUGAAUCUUUCUGAUAAUGCCUUGGCUGGAAAAGUACCAGAGAAUCUCACUUCUCUGCAAAAUCUUACAGUUAUUAGCUUAAAAAGUAACUAUUUCUCUGGGAAUGUUCCAAGUGGGUUUAACAGUGUUCACGUUUUGGAUCUGUCUUCGAAUUUACUCAAUGGUUCUCUGCCUUUGGGUUUUGGUGGUGGGGGUUUCCGUUAUCUGAAUCUCUCUUACAACAAGAUUUCCGGGAACAUACCUCCGGAAUUCGCGAAGAAAAUCCCAGUGAAUGCCACCAUUGAUCUUUCGUUCAACAAUCUCACUGGAGCAAUUCCGGAAACACUUGCUCUGCAUAAUCAGAAAACAGAGUGGUUUUCGGGAAAUGCCGAUCUUUGCGGAAAACCACUGAAGAAUCUCUGCUCGAUUCCUUCGACACUUUCCACUCCGCCAAACGAUACCAAAGGUACAACAUCUUCUCCGGCAAUAGCAGCGAUUCCCAAAACAAUCGACUCGACCCCGGUGACAAAUUCGUCGGGAACACCAAGCAGUACGCAGAGUCAACAACAGAGCGGGCUAAAACCGGGUACGAUAGCCGGAAUCGCACUCGGAGACGUAGCCGGGAUAGCCGUCGUCGCAAUCAUCAUUCUCUAUGUGUACCAGAUCAAGAAGGGGAAAAGUCUCAGACUACCCAGAUCAGACCCAGAAAAGAAAUUAGGAAUUGAAGCGGGACAAGACCUGGAAACCAUGAAACCACCCUCUGCUGCAUGGUCGUGUUUACCCAUUAAAGGAGAAGAGACAUCGGAAGCGACGAGCUCCGAUAGCGACCCUGAGGAUAAAAUUGGAGAAGCAAACAAUAACAAUAACAACCGGCAAACGGGUUUGCUGAUGACCGUGGAUGGUGAACCGGAGAUGGAGCUGGAGACAUUGUUGAAAGCGUCGGCUUAUAUGUUGGGAGCGAGCGGUGCGAGCAUUUUGUACAAGGCGUUGCUCGAGGACGGGACAGCGCUGGCCGUGAGGAGGAUCGGAGAGAGUCGUGUGGAGAGGAUGAGGGAUUUCGAGACCCAGGUGAAGCUUAUCGCCAAGCUUCGACAUCCAAAUUUGGUUCGGGUUCGUGGGUUUUACUGGGGAAACGAUGAGAAGCUAGUUAUCUAUGAUUAUGUAUCUAAUGGCAGCCUCGCUAGCACCACUGCCAGAAGAGCAGGCUCGUCACCAUGUCAUCUACCUCUUGCGGUCCGGCUUCAGAUAGCAAGAGGGGUUGCUAGGGGGCUGGCUUACAUCCAUGAGAAGAAACAUGUUCAUGGCAAUAUUAAACCUAGUAACAUCCUCUUAAAUCCUGAUAUGGAGCCCAUAAUAAGCGAUUUUGGCCGUGACCGCCUUCUCUUUGGCAACACCCGAGCAAGUGGUUCAGCUAGGCACUUGGGAAGCUACUCGUCCACGAGUCGAGAUGGCCAGCAAGAUUUUCUGAUUGGUGGUAGCCCAUCCGGUGGGUCUUGUACAGGUGGUGCAUCGCCUUAUCAAGCACCUGAGUCUCUGAAGAACUUGAAGCCCAACGCCAAGUGGGAUGUGUUCUCAUUUGGUAUUGUUUUGCUUGAGCUGCUGACUGGGAGGGUUUUUUCGGAGCGUGAGCUAAGCCAGUGGUCCGGUGGUGGCUCGAUGGCCGGAGAGGAGAGGAACCGGAUGUUGAGAAUGUUUGAUGUGGCAAUUAGGACUGAGGUUGAGAACAAGGAAGAUGUAAUGCUUGGUUGUUUGAAAUUAGGGUUGAGUUGUGCUUGUUUUGUCCCACAAAAAAGACCAACCAUGAAAGAAGCUCUACAAGUCCUAGACAAAAUCCCUUCUUCCAGUGUAUCUCAUUAACACUGCUAAUGUUGCACUUGGGUCCCACAAAAGUGCUUUUGUUAGGUUAAAGUGCUUUAAAUCUUUUUUUUUUUUUUAAUUAUUAUUAUUUUUUUCCUUCAUGUUUUAGUGACCUUGAAUGUUGCAUAGAAAGGAUGAGUGAAUGAAUGAAUGAAUGUUGAUAUUAUAUAAUUCAUGUGACAAAAUUGAUGUAUGAGCAUUUUUAUUUGUCAAAAGUGGUGUAAUCAGUAAUGAUA